AUGGAAAAGGGUAAAAAGGGCAGGAGACCUUUUCCUGUUCUUCGUCCCCCAUCAUCUCUCCUCAAACCCGCCUACCCCACUACUCUACCCGCACAAACCGCCCCGCAUCACGCCGAUCAGCCUUAUGACCGUAUCUCGACCACCCACGGCACCAUCGCUGCCAGGGCUGUCUCAUUUCAUGGACAGCUCCUAAGCGGCGUCACCCCUCUCCAACUAGCACAGAAUGGCCUGUAUUACAAGCCACUAGGGCCGAACAGCCGAGCUACAUGCUGCUUUGCCUGUGGAACGACGACCCCUUUAACCACAUUCUUGCGAGCCCCCAUCGAAGAAAUACCGCGACUUCACACAGAGAAUUGCAUUGUCCCAGUCAACAACUACUUCGACCAAAUCACCACCUACGCACCACCACCUUCCCUCCAACAGAUUACCCCCGAAGGCAACCAUUUCGAACCUCAGCAUACAGUACGAGGAAUCUCCGGUAGCCGGUCCUACCACUCUUACCAGACCCCCACCAACCCCGCUACCUCAACCGCAACCUCAACCGCAACCUCAGCCACACCCGCACCCGCAACCGUCGCUGCAAGCCGGCUCUCCUCACCCUCUCCAAUUGGCAUCAGAUUUGGUGGAAGUCUGUUUCGCAGACUUUGA